UGCUCUUUAUCACCAAACGUAGUCGAACCAAUCACAAUUAAGGUGUGCAGAUCAAAUGUGAACUCGUACACGUGAUCUGCAUUGUCCUUAUGCCUUAUAGUUUCUAUUUAGAGAGUGGGUUUCUAUAAACAAUGUUCAUUGUAGCCGUUGAACGAGAUGUGAUUGAACUCGAAACAAUUUUUCAUAGUUUACUGUGCACGUCUACGAUUAGUUUUGAAUAUAUUUGACAGCACGUCGAAGUACAUCUACAUAAAGUCAGAAGGGAUGCAAGGAUAAAAUAAGCUAAAAGCUCCGAUUGAUUUUAAUGAACGAACGGUUGGGCCAAUGACCAUAGCAGUCGAGGCUCAAACGAUAAAAUCAACAACAAACGGUUACUGUUUGCAGGUAGAAAGAAUACAUGACUCCUAUUCUAACCUUAAAUCUCCUAUUCUGCGACUGUAUCGGUUGCAAUCAAUCAGACUAUCUUCUUUUCAGCUGUUCGAUUACACUUCUAGAUUUCAAAAGAAUUAACUUCCGAUUUCUUCGUGCAACUAUGUCCAUCAAACUUCUCAGCGUUUUCCUACUGCUGUUCGUUGUACAGAACAUCUACAAUGCUGUGAGUUAUGGUGAAAAAGAUGAAAAUUGGUUGAACUCCGUUUACUACAAUUGGAAAACCGUAUUAAAAGACAAGUUGAACGCCGCAGAAUCUACCAUAUGUCCUCAUAAUGCUCCUUGUUACUGCAAAAACCUAACCUGCAAUUGCUGCGCAACUUUGGACAUACCGAAGAUCGUUAAUGGGAAAACGUGCGUUGCAGUUACCUACCUACCACAAGACCUUGGUAUUAAAAUACUACUGACUCUAGACGGGAAAGAACUUUUUUCACAGACUAUUUCAGUGAGAAAUCCACCACCAAUUUGCAUAGUGGUUCCUUAUGUACCAGUCGGAAAAGUCUGCGUUCGCGUCUACGAUAUCGAGGUCGUUGGAUAUAAAGUGCACAUGUGCGUCGACCUGGUGGCACCACGGGUCAACUACGUACUGCAUUUCGAUUGCUUUGAAAUUGGAUUCGGCGGAAUCCCAGAGCUGCUUUCUGGAUACGCAAGUAACGUGAAAACGACGCAGGCAAAACCGCAAAUUAGUCAGCCGGAAAUUAAAAUUCAACCGUAGCGAAAUACCAUUACAGAAUGUAAACGUUUUAGCCGUCGAUUUUUGAAAACUACUCUUAUGCAAGGGAUGUUCGUUUUCAAGUUUCACGAUGUUACGCAGUACUUUUAGCAGUAUUUUGCGAAAUCACAACUGUACUUUUUAUACUUUUAUAUAUACUAU